AUGGUGUCGCCGUCCCCCAGACCGUCUUCCUCUAGCACUAGCUGCUGUUCAGCUUGGGGUUCAAAUACCAGCUGUAUCCCCUCCCCUUCGACACAACAUCAGCACCAACCUUCGUACUUUCCGCCACAGCAGCUACAGUUAACUGGUUCUCAGCGUCGGUAUAAUAACACUUCCACUACCACUACCACUACUAGCAAUAGCAUCAGUAGUCAAAGCUCCAAUUCGAAUAUAUAUACCGUCUCGCGCUCAUCUUCAACUGCGUCGUCGCCUACUACCACAAGCUCAAGCACUACCACUACCACUACCACUACCACUACCACUACGGGCACGGCACUACCACAAUCCCAAUCCCAAAACCAGAGCCAAUCCCACUACUACACCCCCCAAGCCCAUCAUCCCCACCGCCACCCGCGAAGUCCAUCCCGCACCCGCACCUCCCCCACCACAAUGCUUCCCAACCGCCCCACAACCUUCACGCUGACCACCACCGCUCCCACGCCGUCCACGCCCGCACCUACCGCCUCACCAUCUCCCGUACCCUCGUCGAAGCUGGCCUCAUACGCGCACUCGCUCUCGGCGCAGCAGCAGCUCCAGCUCCACCAGAAGGAGAUAAUCCACCAGGCCACGCGCAUCCCACAGCUGCUGGGCACGGGGCCAAUGUCGCCGCGCUUGAUCCCGCUGGGCAGCCCAGGGCCAGUGACGCCGCUGACGCUGGAGGAUGGUGAUGGGUUCUUUUCGGGCUUUGGAGGCCAUGGUGGAUGUGGUGGCGUUGUUGUUGGACGGGGAGUAUAG